AUGAGAACUAUGAAGCCCUUGCAUUGGGCGGGCGUAGACUAUUCACUUUUGCAAAUACUACUUGCGGCACUCCUACUCUGUUCCCGACCUUUUGCAGUCGCCGACAAGAAUGACGCUCUUCAUCGACCUCGAAGAAAUAGUUCACCGACGAAAAGAGCAGGCUCGAUACCUCUCCUUAUCACCAACAGAUGCGGCGAGACGUUAUGGCCCGGGAUUGAAACACAGGAGGGUACGGCACCGGAAGAAGGAGGAUUUGAAUUGGCGGCCGGGAAGAGUAAGAACUUAACUGUGGGUGGGGAUUGGCAGGGUAGAAUUUGGGGAAGGACGAACUGCAGUUUCAACGCUGAUGGAACGGCCAGUUCCAAAGGAGAUAAUACUGCUGCUUGUGAUUCUGGAGACUGUGGUGGAGUUCUAAACUGUGUUGUCACAGGAAGCACGCCCGUCACACUCGCCGAGUUCGACUUAUCUGGUGGUGUCAAUAAGAACCAGACUUUCUACGACAUAUCCCUCGUCGACGGUUACAACUUGCCGUUGAGCAUCAUUUAUUUGCCCGGAGAUAAUCCAAAGCUUCAAGACAUCCCUCCAAAUCUCACCAACCCUGCCUGUAUCGCCACAGCCGGCCACCUCGCUGAUCCUGCACCCUCAGGCUGGAAUGGCGGUGCCUCAAAUUCAUCCUACCCUAUUCCCUACGAAGACUCGAUGUCAUCCACCGACGUGGCAAAAUGGUGUCCAUGGCCUCUCCAAGUCAAGCAGCCCACCAAACCAGGAGCUGGCAUCUACCCCUAUCCUGACGACCAUAUUGAACGUCCAAUCUUCGACCCCUGCCUCUCAGGCUGCGCGAAGACAAAUUCUCCUGAAGACUGCUGCACCGGAAAGUACAAAGACCCGAACAAGUGCAAACCUAAUCUCUUCGCCAAGGCAGCCAAAGCAGUCUGUCCAGAUGCUUAUAGUUACGCCUUUGACGACCAGACCAGCACAUUUAUUAUUCCCAAUGGCGGGGGAUGGGAGAUUAGGUUUUGCCCUGAGGGGAGAAGCACGAAUAUUUUGAAGACGUUUAGUACUCAGUUGCAUGAGUUGAAUGCGGCGGGUGGGGCUACUAAGAGUAUUCAGGAGGCUUGUAGGAAUAGGACGUUGAUAAGGGAAGCUGGGAGGAGUGGUGCGGGGAGAACGAGGGAUGGCUUGAGAGGUAUGAGUGGGAAUUUGGUGGCCCUGUUGAUGGUUGUUUCUUGGAUUGGUUUUAUAUUCUAUUAA